AUGAAGGCAACUGGUAUAUCAGCCCAUCUAGCCAUUGCCACGGAGGUGAAAGACCUCCGUCAAGAGUUAUUUAAUCUCAAUAAAGAGGUUAACCAGCUCAAAACAGAGAUCACGACGUCUCUUCCUGACCCGGUGUCUUCAAAAGUGGUUUCCGAGCUUCGACAGCACUUUGUCGUAGGUGGAGUGGCUCCUGUGUCGCUUCGAGAUCUUGCUAGUCUUUGUGUGGACUUGUCAGAUGAAAUUCGAAAAGCUAUUAAUUCUAUACGUUCUCCCUGCGAUAGCGGAAUCAUUGCGCCAGCGAAGCCAGCAAGUACGCCCUGGCGAACAUGGCAGUGGAAUGAUGGUCAAUUGGGUCAUGCUGUACCAAAAGACUGGGAGUUUCCAGCCCGUACUAGUUAG